AAGUUUCCGGUGUUGUGUAUGUUCCUGGAAACAUGGCGGCCAGCUUCCGCGGCCGUCCUAUCCGGAGUCUUCGGAUGCGAGGUAAGCAUGAAAAACUCGAGUCCCUGCGGCUCUUAAUAAUGUGGUAAUUGAAGAGUAGAUGUGAUGGGGCGUGUGGUGGUCGUGUCGCGGACCCUCAGCAUGUGUUCGGUGUGUGUUUUUACAGGUCGGAAUGACAGCGGGGAGGAGAACGUACCGCUGGAUCUGAGCAGAGGUGAGUGAGUCAGGCUUCAUCAACACGGAGCAGGAGCUUUUCUACAAAACACACAGACAUCAGCUCAACAACACGACAGGAGCUGGGUUUACCAGAGCCUAGCAGUUGUUUUUGAGGCCCUUUAGUCCCCUCUCUGUGCCGUCUUUUAUCAUUUUAUCUGUUCAGCCCAGGAUAACAGACAGAAGCAGCAGCAGCAGCGGGCUAACUCACUAGCUGACUCCGCGUUAGCUCCUCUGCUAACCGGCCAUGACGGACGGAGAUGAUCUGCUGCUGCUGAUGGUGGUGGUGGUGUCGGUGUUAGUGAGAAACAGAGUCUGUUAUUCAGACCAACAAACACCAGAGAGACUGAGUUAGAGAGCUGAGAGAGGAGCUCUGAUUUACUCCCACAGAAACCAGUGAAGGAGUCUGAACUGGGAGGAGAAACAGAUGAAUUGGUGGGUUUGUUUGGAUCGAGUCAGGAAUAUAUUUGACCUUACAUGAAUGUAAAACUGGCAGGAUUUUACCUUUAGAGGAGAGUUGGGUAAGUUGAUCCACCCCAUGUUUGUAAAUUGUUAAAUAAAUUGAUCAUGUGACCAAAUAUUGAGGAGAUGGUCAUCAAUUCAUGGAGUCUGAAGGUUAGAAACACAUGGAUGAAGAAGAGGUUAGACAUUUAUUUACAAAAAACAAACAUUUUUCACUCUUGAAAGUGAAUUUAGUCUGUCAUCAGAAUCAGGGUUGGGUAUCGUUUGAUUUUGAACUACCCCGAUUCUGAUUCCAAUAUUGAUUCCUCGUUCGAGUCUGAUUCCCAUCGAUUCUCUAUUCCGAUUCUUUUAAAAGGCAGGAUAUUAAAUUAAUCUCUCUGUCUCUCUUCUCUCUCUGUGGCCUCAUCUCAUACGCUCCGUCCUCAUUGGUGUUCGGCGUCUUCUUCGUUGGUGUUCCGCCGUUAUUUCUUCAGGUCUGCGGACUCCGGCAUUGAAACUUGGAAUCGAAAUUUUAAAAUUUGAACAAUUCCGGGAGAAUCGAAUGUCAGUCCCGGUCCCCAUCGACGCUCGAGACUCGAUACCGAACCCUAAUCAGAAUCAGAAUCGCCUCUAUUGUCAUUGUACACAGCAGCAUGAAAUUUGAGCACCGCUCCCUUUAGUGCAAAACAAUAAUAUUUGAGUAAAAUAAAACAAAAUAAAAGCCACUAAAAACACAAAGAUAAGAAAAGUAAAAGGCAGUGAUAUAUACAGAUAUAUAUGAAACAGGAAUGAUAUGAAAACCCGAUUAUUGCACAGUGAAGCCCAGUUUUAUUGCUCUGUGAUCGAUAUGAUCAGUAUAUGUGUUGGUUGAGGGGGACAGGUUCACCUGAACUUCCUCACAGUCAGACUAACACACCUAAGGCAUGCUCUCUCUCUUCAAUAUAUCAACACUUAUAUUGGACUUAAGCUCGUCUAAUAUUUCUGCACACGCUGCACAGUUCAUGUCUGGGCUUGGACCUGAAAGUUAAAGGGAUAUUCUGACGUAAAAUUAAUUAAGGGUCAAACACACCGUAACACUGAGUUAGACCCCUCCUCCAGAGAUGAAUGUUGUCGACCGCUUGCUUCUCUAGUUAUACCAACUUUAGUAACGACCGCAGGAUAGAAAUACAGAGAGCCACGCCCUCAACCAAAACGCCACUCUAUAGCCACAAAUAAUGCUCAGAACAGCACCUAACUUCAUCAACAGGACAUAUAGGGUCACAGACAUAGUACUAGACACCAAACAUCUUUUUAACUUUGACUCAUUUCUUUAGCAAAGAGACUAAACACAACUCACCUACUCUCUUCCAGCAGCCGCUUGUUUGUAGAGAGACCUCAGGCCAGUCCAUUACGGACUACAGCGGGGUGCCGCAGCUCAAGGAAGAACAUUUAUGAUCAUUUCUUUAUGGAAAUACAAUCAGACCGAGACGCUAAGACAGAAGAACUACCGCGUCUGUAAAAUGAUCAAUAUGAUGAUUAUUACUUCAAUGAAAUGAUAAAGAAAUGAUCAUACUGUGGGACCAAUUCAGUUGUGUCCCCAGCUUCCAGGCAGCCUGUACUUUAGUUUAUUAACAGACUCAGUGAAAUGAUCGACAUGUUUUAUUCAAGCAGAGCUCAGUGUCACUGUUUUGGUGUUUUUGAUAUUUGUCUAAUCUUGAAAUUUCACACUUAUCUCUGAGCACAAAUAAAAGUUCAAUAUUUUGAAUCCCUAAACUCUCCAUUUUGACAAAUAAUGAGGUAAAAAGUUGACAUAAAUAUUUAUGGCUGAUCGUAACUAUUGAAUAGAUUUAUAGUAAAUCAGACUAUCUCGACUCGCACACUUUCAUGAAGUUGAUUCAUUUGUAGUUUCUGUAUCGUGGAUCUCGUAGUUCACGUCCAGAGUCUGGAGCUCAUUUCAUGUCAGACUACCUCUUCCCUGUUCUGAAAGCUCUUUGUCGUUGGCGUGGAGAGUCGGUGUUAUCGUUGGUAUGAAAGGAACUGAAAACCAAAAACACUUCCCCGCUCAUGUUGGUGUUUUACUGUCUGGACUUUGUUUUGACUGUACACACUAAAUGAGUUUGUCCAGAAGAACCAACUUCCUUCCUGCAACAUAUCAAACACGGUUCAUCGACUGAUAUUAUGACAAUACGGUUUCAUGGCUGUCUUGGUUACAUUGUAUUUCCCUUUUUGUCUCCUGCAGAACCGUCAGAAAACUUCCGUGAAAUCCUGCAAAAUGUGGCCAAACCACACGGAGUCAGUAACAUGCGAAAACUGGGCCACCUGAACAACUUCACAAAGGUAACGCUGUCAGGUUCAGAGGCUUUUUACAGGAGUGUUUCACUUUCUAUCUUCAGCUGCGGCGUUAACACUGAGAGGACCAGAAUGUAGAUCCCAGAAUAUAUUAAAGAGGGCCGAGUCACCUUUCAGAUCCACUCUGUGAAGAUCCACAGGCUGUGUCAUCGCCGACAUUUCCACAGACUCGCCCUCCGGGGUGUCACUGCCACUCGGCCUGUCACUGUGAUGCUGACAGUGAAUUUAACCAAAGCUUCAGGGAUCUAAGAGGACUCUGACCUGAUGUGCCUCGAGGGCAGCAGUGCUGUGACUUUGACACCCCAGGUUCUGGUCCAAGUGUUGGUGUCGUUCUUAUGAUCUCUGUUAGGAUUGGGCGAUUAUAUGAUCGUGAUAAAUUUUAGCUGUGAGCAUAUUUACUCGAUCAAACAUGGAGGACGUGCGUGACAACAGCCAAUCAGAGUCGAUCUUUUCCUGAUCUCUUCUGUAAGUUGUCGGAAAGUAAACAGACUGAACGUGGAGCUGAGGGCAGCUAAAUAGAUGUGAGCCGUGACUUUGAGUCAUCCUCUGAAGAUGUUAUUGUUCAGAAGAGAAGUUAUUGAUCGUCGGUUGUGUGGUGGUGGUUCUGGUAUCUCCAGAGUGACGUCAGGGAAUUACACUGAUGUGUAAGGUAUGUUGGCGGGGUCGGUGCCUCAAAAACCAGCAACACAACAGAUUUGUGUGAUUGUUUAAAGAAGUUCUUCCCGAGUGAUUAUGAGGAAAGUAUGAAAAUGUGAGCGGGGUCUUAUUCAAUUUGCUUUGUUAUUUAGUGUUAAGUACAGAUGCUUUAAAACUGGCAGUUUAAAAAAAUACAAAAAAAUGGUGUUAAUAAUUGAGAUCAGACAAUAUGACAAAAUAUAUCGUGAUCAUUUUUUUGCCAAAUCACCCAGUCCCAAUCUCUGUACCAGGUCUUUAAAAGGGUUGUGAUAAACAGCAGCAUGUCUCAGUCAGGGGCAGAGAUUUCCUAAACCAUCCUGAACAUCAUCAUUUUCAGUAUCAACGACAGCGAUCAACACAGAGAUCAUCAGACACGUCUGUCACUCACAGAUUUAAGGAUUCUCGGUGAGGACGGAUAAGUCUUUUUGGACACCUUUUAAAACUGAGUGCAGAUGGGAGCUGUUCUCCCGUGUAAACAGAGCUCUGAGUGUUUUCCUCUCUGUUGACAUGCCCUGGGUCCGCUCUGUUAUGGACCAGUGAUCGCUCAGGGGUGUUUUUCUGCCGUCCACCCAACAGAUUCUUGCUUAGUCUCCAGGCUUCCUGUUAUUUUUUCACAGGAAUAACAGCGUGUGCAAAGUGAAAACAUGACUUGCAGAAAAGAAACUGAAGCACGAGGGGAAAACCGUGUUUUUGUUUUGAACACUUAUUUCUGCUGACUGUCAUUUUUCUGCAGAAAUAUCAGACGCUUUACAGAGCUGACGGAGUGAACAUCAGCUGCAGGCGUCAGAGGGACACGCUCAGGGUUCUGUCUGUCAUGGAGAGGUUCUGAUGGAGUGUUGGUGCUGUUGUUACAAACAGUUGUGGGUCAGCAGCAGACGCAGUUGUGUGCUAAAGGCUGAAUUCAGUGUGUGUGUGUUUACGUCUGACGGAGCUCCAUGUCUCCUUAUAAGGGUUUCAGGACAGUGAGGGUGACCUAAUCCCCCUCGCCCUGGAGACAGCCACAGCCCCCCCUACCAUGCCUGCCUGGGCUCUGACAUCACAGCUGCUUCAAAACACCCCCCCACCCCCCCACCCCCCCAAACUCGCCACGCUGUGUCACCCAUCCCAGUUUUCACAGAACCUCGCCACUGGACCGCUGUGAUUGUUCAGGGUCGGUUUUUCCUGCUGGAGCGGUUCUGUUGUGACUUAAAUUUAAAAACUUUAAAAAGUUCAGAUGAAUUUUAAACUCGUCAUGAUGAUGUUUGAUGAACUGUGUUACCAUGUUUGUCUUAUUAGUCGACGUAAGUACUGUUAUUAGAAAUCACUUUUAGGUCUUUUGGUCACAUGACAGUGAAGCUAUUGAAGGAAAACAGCCUUUUCUGAGAACAUCAACCGGUAAUUUAUUGACAGUCCCUUAUUCAACACCAACGUUGACAGUGAGGGUGUCGAGUAGAUUUAACCGCGCUGCUGUUGUUAUUCCCGGUCAUGGAGAGUGAGAAGACACCGGUAGAUCCUCAGAGAAUGUCCGUCAGAUAUCCAACCUGAAACUAACUUCACCGCCGUAUUUACAGGAAAAUAUAUCCAACCCAAAACUAACUUCACCGCCGUAUUUACAGGAAAAUAUAUCCAACCUGAAACUAACUUCACCGCCAUAUUUACAGGAAAAUAUAUCCAACCUGAAACUAACUUCACCGCCGUAUUUACAGGAAAAUAUAUCCAACCUGAAACUAACUUCACCGCCGUAUUUACAGGAAAAAAUAUAUCCAACCUGAAACUAACUUCACCGCCGUAUUUACAGGUAAAUAUAUCCAACCUGAAACUAACUUCACCGCCGUAUUUACAGGAAAAUAUAUCCAACCUAAAACUAACUUCACCGCCGUAUUUACAGGAAAAUAUAUCCAACCUGAAACUAACUUCACCGCCGUAUUUACAGGAAAAUAUAUCCAACCUGAAACUAACUUCACCGCCGUAUUUACAGGAAAAAAACAUUUGUUACUUUGGCAGAUUUUUUUUUUAUGCACACCUAACUACAUUUUAUAAUUCGCACACAUCUAUUUACAGUCACAAAUGUGAGUAAUCUUGAAUAUGAAACAGUAGUCGUUCUAAAGGUUAUCAAACUUAGAAUAUCAAACUGUCUUUCUCCAAAAGGACAGACUGUAUGUGGAAACACGGUGAGGCUCUGCAGAAUGAGUCUGUGAAUAACUUUAUUGAUCUUUGUUUUUAAGUCCUCUCAGACUUCUUGGCGGUGUUGUUUAUUCUUCUUUAAUCUUCUCUUCCCAAAUAUUUGAGAUGGCUGAUUCGUUGUCACUGAAAAGAAAGACUCCUCGUCCAAAGUGGACACGUCGCCGCCCUGCCUCAGCGUUUUAUCUCCCUGUCUGUGGAGGAGAACCUAAAACACUUCCAUGACGUGCUCCAUAGAGGAGUCGGUGUCAUGACCGUCCACUUCUGUGUUAAUCCAUGAAAGUCAAGAGUGUCAUUCAGCGGUCAGGUUACAGUGAGAGCUCCCUCUGCUGGAUCAAGUGUCUUUAGACGGCCCGAAGCGCCGGUAAACCACAUUUUAAAUCAGAAAGGGCUUGUUACAGUUGAAGUUCAAACAAAUCCUGGAUUUUUCAGGUGAAGCCUCGAGGUUUGUUUACAGAGUGCCUCAGCUCUGAAACAGCAGCGUCCUCUGUCUAAGACACAGUGAGCGUUAAAUCACUUUUUUAUUGUCUGACAGAAACGAUCAUGUGAGAAAUAAACAAAAAGAAACAGAAGAAUCAGAAGAGUCUUUGUCUUCUUGACCCAUUUUAAAAAACUAUUGAAGUUCCUCCACAGCAGCAGAAAAACACAAACAGUGUCUGCGCUCAGACUAACCUUAAACCAUCGUUGUUAAAAGUUUAAUGUCUGAUUGUUGGUGUGAAAUUGUUGCUCUGCGCACACGGAGUUUCAGACGGGAGUAACUCUGGUGUCGGCUGACCCAGACUGUUGCUGAAGACUUCUCAUAAUGACUUGUUGUCGUGUACAUACAGUCUGGAUCCUGUAUACAGUAGCUCUGUGUGGGCCUCUGUUAAUGAUGGAGGAGCUGUUGACAGAGAGAGACUUUGAGCUGCAAUUCAUGAUAACAACCGGGUUCGAGUCAGACCUGGUGUGAUGGAGGAAACAGGAGCAGAAGAAUUCAGCGGACCUGAUCAACUUCAAAAGUCCAUUUUCAUAUUUACAGAACCACAAACGCUGGACCAGGCAGCUGCUACACCCGCUCCUGUCCAUGUGAAUGUGAAUGUGCUGUCCCCCGAGUUAGUCAGAGUAACCUCCAUCCACCAGCAGUGAAAGCAUAACAUGAUCCAGUCACGACUCACCUGCUCCAAACAAGUCAGCAUGUAACAGACAAGUGGAAAAAUACAACAAACACACACCUGCAUGGUUCCUGCUGCAGCGGGUCGGACAGUGUGGAGCUGCUUCUGUGUUUAGAGAGUGAAUUUAGCUUUUUCAAAGAUUCUCACCGUUAAACAUGAAAAAAAAAACAUGUUCCUGUUUCCUCCUGGACUAAAGUCACAGAAAGUAAAGACUAAAGUCAUCCAGACGUUUGAAAUCAUUCACUUAGAUUCUCCUCAUGUCUCUGUGUUUCAGCUUCUAUGCAGCAUAAAUCACCGUGAGGAGAACUUUGGGUACACGUACGAAGAAAUCAUCAUUUGGUGAGUUUUCAUCAGCAGCUCUUAGAUACUGACUCUGCAGUAUGGGGCGCCAUUUCCCUUUAUUACCUUAUUAUAUAUGAGACCAAAUGAAACAAAAUUGAAGUCAAGUUUUCAGAUGUAAAAGCAUCAGUAUUAUAGAUAUAUAGUAUUAUAGAUCCUAUAUUUAUAUAUUAACACACAUUCAGAGAAGCCUCUGAGUUCGCUGUGUAUAAUCCUACAUGAUGACAAUAAAGGCCACUCUAUUCUGUUCUAUUCUAUUCUGUUCUAUUUUAACCCAUCUAUCUUACUCUAUUCUAUUUUAUUCUAUCCAUUUCUAUUCCAUUAUAUUCUGUUCUAUUCUAAUUUAUUCUGUUCUAUUUUAGUCCAUUCUAUUCUAUUCUAGUCUAUUCUAUUCUUAUUCAUUCUGUUCUGUCCCAUUCUAUUCUAUUCUACUCUAUUCCAUUCUUCUCUAUUCUAUCCUUUUCUGUUUCAUUCUAUACUAGUCUAUUCAAUUCUAUUUUAUUAUAUUCUAAUCCAUUUUUUUCUGUUCUAUUCUGUUCAGUUCUAUUUUAACCCAUCUAUCUUACUCUAUUCUAUUUUAUUCUGUCCAUUUCUAUUCCAUUCUAUUCUGUUCUAUUUUAGUCCAUUCUAUUCUAUCCUAGUCUAUUCUACUCUAUUCCAUUCUAUUCUAUUCUAUUCUGUUCUAUUCUAAUUCAUUCUGUUCUGGUUUGUUCUAUUCCAUUCUUCUCUAUUCUAUCCUUUUCCAUUUCAUUCUAUACUAGUCUAUUCAAUUCUAUUUUAUUAUAUUCUAAUCCAUUUUUUUCUGUUCUGUUCUGUUCAGUUCUAUCGUGGUGCGUUCACUGCUGUAGGAUCUUUUUAAUCCGGAUCAGGUUUUUCAUUGUCAAACUUUCACCCCCCAGUUUGCGGCUCGCUCUGCUGAAUGAAGCGAAGGAAGUUCGGGCUGCAGGGUUGCGGUCGCUCCGCUACCUCAUCAGAGACACGAGUGUGCUGCAGAAGGUCCUCAGACUACAGGUGGACUAUUUAAUAUCAAGGUGAGAUCCUGGUCUGCCGUCUCAGUCCCACUGUCACUCUCAGAGAGGACCUGAUCCGUUUUCACUUUAGUCUUCGCUCCUCUGACUAAUCCUGACUCUGUGUUUUUCAGAUGCAUCGACAUCCAGCAGAGCAACGAGGGCGAGCGGACUCAGGCCCUCAGACUCGUCCGAAAGGUAACGUCUGACUUCUUCUUGUGUCUGCUGUCAGCUGUGACCUUUGCCCUCCGCCCGCUCAGCUGUUUUCCUUCUAACUGGUUAGCAGCCGUCUGCGGGCGCUCUCUCUCUCUCUCUCUCUCUCUCUCUCUAUUUUUAGCUCUUUCUGUAGUUUACUGUAAACUCUCUUCACACACUCACACACUCACAGAGUCGGGCUCUGGUUUCAUGAGGACUAAGCAGAAAUACAACCUCUGUGCAUCGACCAUGACAUACAGCUCUGAUCACAUGACACACAAAUAUCAGACCUUCAGAUGACGUGACACCCAGAGGUUAAAAAAAAGAGGAUUUUGAACAUUAAAGCAGUGAAACAGUUUUGGAGUUGAGCGUCCGUCUCUGUCCUGACGUGUUCCUCGUGUCUCGUGUCCCCCUCCCUCUGCAGAUUGUCACUGUCAACGCCAUGCUCUUCCCCACCUCCAUUGCGAACUCUUUGAUCGCUGUGGGCACCGAUGGGCUCCAGGAGAGAGACCGCAUGGUCCGCGCCGCCAUCGCCAUCGUGUGUGAGCUGGGUGAGUAUCUGAACCUGACUUGUUUGGAGCAGACACUGAAGCUCUCAUGGAGGUUGACAAUAAAAAAAGAGAAUCUGACGCUUCAGAGUCGCGUCAAGAUUCUUAUUGGUGACACAGUCGGGGAUCUACGUGCUGAUUGGCUCUUGUGGUGUCAGGGAUCCUCCUCUUGGAGCUUCUCUUAUAUUGUCUUUAUUUUCUCGUCUCCCAUGGCGCCGGGCUGGUGACGGAGAUGUUUGUUUUUGUUUGUUAAAUGAAAAACUGUAAAUAAAGUCUUGAAAUCAAAAGUCUGAACACUCCUCUGAACCCGGUUGCAGCUCUGAAGAACCCGGAGGUGGUGGCCAAACGUGGAGGUCUCAGCACCAUCCUGAAGAGCGUCAUCGACUGUCAGCUGAGCCGCAUCAACGAAGCUCUGAUCACCACCGUCCUCCAUCUACUCAACCACCCACGCACACGCCAGUACGUCCGAGUGGACGUGGAACUGGAGGUACACACACACACACACUCAGAUCUAUGAACUCGGGGGUCUCUGUGAAUAAAACGAGCCCCUCUGUCGGGACUCAUGAACUCGUCCUUCAGCUCCAGAGUUCCUCUGAAGCUUCAUCGUCUGAAAUACUGAUGAGAGUUUUGAUUUUGGUUUCUUCAACAGAGAAUAAAUCGGGACAACAUCAGGGAAUCACAUAAAAAUAUCAUAUAAUAAAAUACAAUAUAAUAUAAUAUAAUUUAAUAUAAAAUAAGUAUAAAUAUAAUGAAGAGUUCUUCUCUGAAUGAUCAUCCUUGUUUUUUUUUUGUUCCUCCAGCAAAUCCUCGCACCUUUCACAGACUUUCACUACCGCCACAACGCAGAAAUGGCUGAAGGGCAGCUCAAGUAAGUGUGUGUGUGUGUGUGUGUGUGUGUGUGCGUGUGUGUGUGUGUGUGUAGAGGUAUGAAGAGUGUGGCCGCACAAACAAACAGUGUUUUGUCAUCCUCCUGUGUUUACCGGUAGCUCUGCUCCUAUAUUGGUAACACAUUCUGCGUUGCGAGUCGCGGGUCUGUGUGUUUUUGUGUUUUUGUGAUGUGAGUCCUUGUUAUCCGGGCGGUUUGACUCCAGCAUGACUGGCCCGAGGAUGUGACGCGGGUCAAAGUCCGGAUAAUCCUCGGAGUGACUCUGAAAGAUUUCCUUUGACAGAAAAAAAAGAUCUUUUAUCGAUUCUCCUCCGCUCGGCGUUUGAUGUUGGGAAGUUUGAUCCUCUGUGAGUUUCUGUUUUAGAGCCUCACUAAGAUCUUCAUGAUGACGUGUGUGUGUGUGUGUGUGUGUCUUUCCUCGCCUAAAGGGAGGACAGAGAGUCCCGGUUCUUGUCCAGCAGAAUGGCGAUCGUGGCCGCCUUCCGCUCCUGGUCUGGUAAGGACUCAGACGUCAGAAUAAAAAUCUGAAUUUGAGACAAAAGGUCGACUUGUUUUUUUGAAUUAUAAUCCCUCUUUUCUUUACUCAGGGAUUAUCAACCUAUGCAAGGCUGGAAACUCGGGGAUCCAAUCUCUAAUUGGUUUACUGUGCAUACCAAAUAUGGAGGUUCGGGUGAGUGUUGAUCCAGCUGCAGGUCAGGAGGUGUGUGUGUGUGUGUGUGUGUGUGUGUGUGUGUGUGUGUGUGUGUGUGUGUGUGUGUGUGUGUGUGUGUGUGUGUGUGUGUGUGUGUGUGUGAGAAACAGCUUUUUUUAGAGACACAUUUUAGGACACUUUGGCCUUUACUGAACAGCUGACUAAAACCUUUAGAGUUCGACUGUUGGUCCCCAAGUCGACGACUUCUGUUCCAGAUCUUUCUGCAGUUAGAGACAAAAAUCAACACAAAAUGAGCCUCAAAAUAAGAAGAGGUUAUUUUAUAGCUUAUAAAUAAGGUUGUAGACCUCACAGAUUCACAGACCGUCGUUCUGUUUCCUCUGGACUCGUCCUCAGACACUGAGCGCUCAUGAAGAAAUGAGGUUUUCUGUUUUGAUCGUCUGUAAAUGUUUGUUCUGCGUUUCUCUGAUGGUUCUGACCCGGUUCGCUCUACAGAAAGGUCUGCUGGAGGUCUUAUACGAGAUCUUCAGACUCCCGCUGCCCAUCGUCACUCAAGACUUCACAGAAGGUCUUCUCAGUGUCGGUGAGCAGAACCUCCAAAACUUCCUCACAGCAUUUUUGUAACUUUGUGUGUUUUAUAUAAAUGCCACACACACACACACACACACACACACACACACAAACACACACACACUCAGAAUAAAGCUCAUUUUCGCUCCGCCCCCUCAGACCCGGCCCGGUUUCAGGACACCUGGAGGCUCUCUGACGGGUUUGUUGCUGCUGAGGCUAAAGUCGUCCUUCCUCAUCGAGCGCGCUCCAGGUGAGAGAUCAUCGGAGAGAAGAAGAAGAAGAGCGCUGACACAGUUUCUGAUAUUCGUUCUUCCUCUAAGUGUUUUUUCUGUUUUCUUCCUCAGGCCUGAUCUGAUGGACAACUACCUGGCGUUUGUCCUGUCGGCGUUCAUCAGCAGCGGUCUGUUAGAGGUCAGCUCAGAUCUGGUUUGGAGUUCUCCUCUUUGUGGACCAUGUCGAGUGUUCCUGUCGAGCUUCAUCCUCUCCUCUCUCCUCGUUUCAGGGUCUUGUUGAGGUUGUGACCAGCAGCGACGACCAGCUGGCGGUCAGAGCGACCAUCCUCCUGGGAGAGCUUCUACAUAUGGUAAAGUUAGAGAAGAAGCGCCGCCACACGUCUGUCCGCUCAGGGUCAGAUCUUUGAAGAUGGUGGACUUCUCUCUUGUUUUUCACUCGUCUCUGUUCGGUUCUUCUCACCUCUCCUCCAGGCGAACACCAUCCUCCCUCACUCCCACAGCCACCACCUGCACUGCCUCCCCACCCUCAUCAACAUGGCGGCCUCCUUCGACAUCGCUCAGGAGAAACGGCUGUGAGUUAAAACGCAGAGUUGGAGUCUGAUUCAUCGAAGACUUUGAAUCGUCGACGCCGUCCUGACACACACCUCUCCUGUUUUUGUUCCUCUGACAGUCGGGCCAGCGCGGCGGUCAACAAUCUGAAGCGUUUCCACGAGAAGAAGAAGAAAGGUCUGAAACCUCACAGUCUGUAUCUGGACCACAUCAUCCGCAAGUCCGUGUCGUCACACAGCCGCCGAGAGUCGCACUCUCGAGCGCACAGAGACAUCUACGUCAUCAAAGUAAGUCCACAGAUGAAGGUGGUCUGAAGGAGGUCAGGUGGUCCUCGUUCUUCUCAGUGUUUGUGAUGAACUUCUUCAUCUGUUAACCCAACAUGAGGCAGAUCUGUGUCCACGCUCACAGAGCUCCCAGUCUGAGGAGAUUCUUAGAGACCUCAAGAGUUCAGAUUCGGUUCCUCGGAGAUCAAACUCUUCUUUUCUCGCCUGGUUGAUGUUUUCUGUGUUUGUGUUCAGGACACGGAGGAAGCUCUGAUGAUGAACCUGAGGGACAGUCACAUCCUGAACCACAAACAGAACUUGGAGUGGAACUGGCUGCUCAUCGCCACCAUCCUGAAGGUGAGGUUCUCCUCCUCCUGGUGUGGUCCUCAGACUCUCUCCUCUCUGGUUCUUCUCUGAUCUUUGUUUUUUUCUCUCUCAGUGGCCGAACGUGAACCUCAGGAACAACAAAGAUGAACAGAUGCACAAGUGAGACUCUUUCUCGUCUUCGUUUUAAACUCAUUUUUCUGCUGCUUCAUGAUCCAAACGUCUCCGUCUGUCUUCUGCAGGUUUGUCCGGAGGCUGCUGUACUUUUAUAAACCCAGUAGUAAAUUAUACGCGGGCCUGGCGCUGGAUCACCCAAAGUCCAGACAGCUCACUGUGGUGGGCUGUCAGUUUGUGGAGUUCCUCAUGGACUCAGACGAGGUCAGAGACGCCGACAUGAUUAAAAAAAACGACCUUCCUGUUUUCAUCUCUGCUCCUUUGAUCAAUCCUGGUUUUCAAAAUGUCUCCAGGACGGUCAGGGGUACCUGGAGGACCUGGUGAGGGACAUGGUGUCGUGGUUGUCCUCGUCUUCAGGGCUGAAGCCGGAGCGCUGUCUGCAGAGUAACGGUCUGCUCACCACGCUCAGCCAACACUACUUCCUCUUCCUGGGGACGCUCUCGGCUCACCCGCAGGGAGUCAAACUGCUGGAGAAAUGUGGCCUGUUCCAGUGGUGAGAGCUCCUCAGAGGACCUCAGGGUGGGACGUUGAAGAGCUGACGCCUUAGUUCUGGAUCUGAACCAGGUCUUCUUCUGUCUCCACAGCCUGCUGAACCUGUGCUCGGUGAAGAACCAGGACGCCGUGCUGAAACUGGCGGUUUCCACACUGGACUACAGCAGAGACGGUCUGGCCAGAGUGAUCCUCUCCAAGAUCCUCACUGCUGCUACUGAUGUACGUGUGAAGUGGGUCCACCUUUGGCGGGUGGUCUUCAUGUUCAGGCUGAUCAGUGUCCAUAAAGGAAGCUCCUCCUCUCUCGUUUUCCCACACCUCCUGUCAGUAACGCCCUCGUAUCUCCUCCUCCUCCUCAGACCUGCAGGUUGUACGCCACCAAACACCUCCGUGUCCUGCUGCGUGCGAGCGUGGAGUUCUUCAGCAGCUGGGGGAUGGAGCUGCUGGUCACACAGCUCCACGAUCACAGUAAGGCCGUGUCCAUGGAGGCUCUGGACAUCCUGGACGAGGCCUGCGAGGACAAGGUGAGGACAGAAGUCACACGGAUCGUUUUCAGGAUCAGGGUUCUUCGUUUAUUUCUAGUCCAUGUUGAGGUUUCGGUCUGGUCUCUUAACCGACCCUCAUGUCUGACCCGGUUCCUCUCUGGUUCCUCAGGCUAACCUCCACGCUCUGAUCCAGCUGAAACCUGCUCUGUCCCACCUGGGGGAUAAGGGCCUCCUGCUGCUCCUCCGGUGGGUGUUUGACCUUCUCUCUGUCCACGAUGGUGUUUCAUGAUGUUGAGGAGCACUUUUAAAAGUUCUCCGCUGUUGUGUGUUCUGGUCAGGUUCCUGUCCAUUCCUAAAGGGUUCUCCUACCUCAACGAGAGAGGCUACGUCAGCAAACAGCUGGAUAAAUGGCAGAAGGUAAAACUCGGGUUCGAAACCUCCUUUCUUCUCCAAAAAGACCUCAGAGUAACAGAGAUCUCCGCUUUUAGGAAUACAACCUGAAGUACGUGGACCUGAUCGAGGAGCAGCUCAACGAAGCACUUACAACGUACCGCAAACCUGUGGAUGGAGACAACUACGUCCGCCGAAGCAACCAAAGGUCAGAGGAGGAGUUUAUGACCUCUAACCUUAACCCCGUGGAGCUGCGAGUGUCUCAUACUUCCUGUUUGUACCUGCAGGUUACAAAGACCAAAUGUCUAUCUGCCUGUCCACCUGUACGGUCAGCUGGUCCACGAUAAGACGGGCUGUCACCUGUUGGAGGCUCAGGUAAACUCUCUCUCUCUCUCUCUCUCUCUCUCUCUCUCUCUCUCUCUCUCUCUCUCUCUCUCUCUCUCUCUCUCUCUCUCUCUCUCUCUCUCUCUCUCUCUCUCUCUCUCUCUCUCUCUCUCUCUCUCUCUCUCUCUCUCUCUCUCUCUCUCUCUCUCUCUCUCUCUCUCUCUCUCUCUCUGGGGUUUUGUUUGGACCUCCUCCUCCUGAUGUUGAUGUUUCCUCCUCAGAGCGUGGUUCCUGACCUCAGCUACACGGUUCGCUCCCCGAUGCUGGACACCUGGGAGGGCAUCAAACAGCUGAAGGCCGCUCUCUGGGCUCUGGUCAGUAUCAGUGACGGUUCUUCUCGAACACUCGAUCCUUUUCUCUGAAGGUCUGAACUCACCAAUGAAACUUUCAGUUUUUGACAAAAUUCUCCAUGAAAGACUUUUUUAUUUUCUUUGCGAUGAAUCCUGACGACCUCAAAGGUCAGAGGUUAAAGAUGAUCACGGCUGUGAGGAGUCAGAGCGAACACAGG